UAUCAAAGGACUUGGUGUGUGCAGGCUGCAGCGUACUUGUGCGCCCCUGUAGCGCUGUACAGUUGUAGGGCGUAGGAGUAGCCAGGGGGGAUUGAGGAAGGAGAUAGAUUGGGCUUCUGCUGGAACCUUCUUCACUCCUUUGUCCCUGCCUUGUUGCAUUUGUUAUUCUUCCGCAUAGUCAUGUGGCGCCUUAAGGGACUCCUUCCGAAGGAGUCCGGGGGCCUUGAAGGUCGAAUAGUAGAUGUUGGGAACAUGAAGGUGCAAGUGCAGAAGACAAUAGCACAGGGAGGCUUUUCUGUUGUGUAUAAGUGCAUGGCAGGAGGAAGGCUGUUUGCGUUGAAACAUUUGGUUAUUCGAGAUAAGGAUACAUAUGAUCUAGUCCAGAAGGAGAUAAACAUAAUGCUGCAGCUUCGAGGCCAUCCCAACGUUGUUGCACUUCAUGCACAUUCAUUCCAGGACACUCCUGCCACGGGAGGCAAAGAGUGCUUCCUGCUUUUAGACUACUGCGAUAACAUGCUUGUCCAUGUGAUGGAUAAUCUUGCGAGCAAGGGGCAGUUCUUCAAUGAGCAGCAGGUGUUGAUGAUCUUCCGGGACGUCUGCAAUGCUGUCUAUGCAAUGCAUUGCCAGAGUCCACCAGUUGCACACAGGGACCUGAAAGCAGAAAACGUCUUGCUGGCUGGGGAAGGGGCAUGGAAAUUGUGCGACUUCGGUUCGUGCUCUACGAAUCACAAACGCUUCGAAACAGAGCGGGAGAUGGGCCAAGAGGAAGAUAAUAUCAGGAAGCAUACGACUCCAGCAUACCGUGCUCCUGAGAUGUGGGACCUCUACCGACGAGAACUAAUUUCAGAGAAAGUGGACAUAUGGGCCUUGGGGUGCCUUCUUUAUAGGAUGGCAUUCUUCAAGUCCGCAUUUGAUGGGGAGUCCAAAUUGCAAAUCCUAAACGGCAACUACCGGAUACCAGACUCGCCAAAGUAUACUCCUGGACUGAUCAGCCUGAUCAAGGAUAUGCUCUCUGCGGAACCUGGCAAGAGGCCUGAUGUUGGCCGGGUCUGGCGUACUGUAAACGAGUUGCUUCCGCAGGCAGCCCGGAAGCCUGCGCCAGAGAAAGCGCCCAUGGCGGCUAAGACUGCCGGCCCCAGCACAAGGAGCACAGAGCAAGCUCCGAAGCCCGCCCGUGCCGCCCCGGCCCCUCCCGCACGACCAGCUCCUAGUGGCCCCAGCGGAAGUGCCGCAAGCGGUGGCGCUUUCUGGGCCAAGUUUGGGGACUCUGCCACUUCCACCAGUGGACCCUCUGCACCUGCGACAGGACAGACCCUUGGGGGCAGCCCGCCAGACAGCCCCAGAAAACUUUCCGCCUCUGUGGAGGAGACCCUUGGACAGCUCCGGCCACCAUCCCCACAACCGGAGGCCCAGCCCAAGGAGUCUGCCAGCCUCAAAAGCACCUUCCUGAAGAAGACGGGGGCCGCUGCCGACAUGCUCAAAAGCGUGAAGGGCACCCUCACGAGCAAGAUUGCAAGCGCCACCGGUCACGAGCGGUCAGGCUUUGACGACAGCUCCGAGAUCGGGUUCAUGAAAGCCGGCCCUGACGGUCGCCUGGAUGAUGACGUGGACUCGAUCCACGAGCCAGCCCAGGGGAAACCGGUGCACUCCCGCGGGCCUUCGCACGAACGGGCCCCAUCUCCGCGCCUCCCACCCCCCCAAGCCCCGUCUGCGCAGCCUUCUGCUUUCGCGGCCUUUGAGACCAGAGAACCGCAGGGCUUUGCACCAUUCACAGGCGAGUCGCCGGCCGGUUCCCGGAGCACGAAUCAACCGGGGCGGAGCAGCGUGUCAGCAAACGGUCCCGCGCAGGGGCCGGUUGGGGUGCCCGGUCGGCCGCGGACGCCGAGUGAGGGCGGGCAAGCGAUGGCGGCGGAGCUGGAGAGGGUCCGGGAGGAGCUGCGCAAGGUGCUGGACGAGAAGGCGUAUCUGGCGGAGCGGUGCAGCAAGAUGGAGUUCAUCAUUCGGGCGCUGCAGGACCAGAUCAAAGAGAUGCAGGCGUCAAGCCCCGUGGUUGGCCUGGUCAAAGAUGAGGACAGGCAGCCGGGGGGCCGGCGGUCUUUUGCAUCUCCCGUGGCCUCGCACACUCCUCCCCCGGCCGGUUCGUUCUGGAACCGGGUUGAUAACCCUGCGUCUGCCCGGGCUGCCUCCCUCUCCCCCCCGCCGUCCAGAGCAGAGAAACCGCUGUCGCGCCCGUCAAGUACUGGAGUCUCUCCCUCCAACUCAUUCGCCAACCUACCUGCCUCCAGCUCGUGGCAGUCGUUCGACGAUGCAGGAUCAGCGCCGAGGAGCGCUACAGCGAGUCCAGCCAGAGACAGUCUCUUCGACGCGCCUACCAGCGUGUUCGACCCGCCAGCUGCGACCGUUCCCCUCCCCAUGAACGGGAAGGGCCAGCAAAGCUCGUCGAGACAGCAGCCGCAGUCGAGGAACCUCGAUCCGUUUGAAGCACUUUCUCAGCUUCGAGUAUGAGAACCCUUAUGCUGACAAGCUUAGCUUAGACAGACCAGAAAUAGACAGUGUCCCAAGUACAGUAUGACAUGGAAUUGUGCUAGCGCAACCUGUUGCUUCAACGUAGCUUUGCAACAAUCGGGCGGAGGUCAUCGUGCACUUAUGUAUAGUUAUUCGUGUAAGGUAUCAACAGGGGGCGCUUUUGGGUUCAAAUUGGAUGUCAAUUGUAUACGUAUACGAGCUAGUGCUGUGUCUGAUCAUAACCUUUGUGUGAUGAUUUGAUGACACCUUGAGAGCUGUACUAAGGCGGCCAUGGGCAACUACCGAUCAAACGG